GUUUCCUCUCCUUGUUUUGCUUUCGAUCUGGACUGUUCUCAGGCAAGCCGGGGAGUAACUUUUAGUUUUGCUCCUGCGAUUAUUCAACUGACGGGCUUUCAUUUCCAUUUCACACACCCUAGCAACACUUAAACCUUGCGGAAUUGUAUUGGUAGUGUGAAAAAGCACACCGAGAGGGUACCAUGCCAGUGGAAAGGAUGCGAAUGCGCCCGUGGCUGGAGGAACAGAUCAAUUCGAAUACGAUACCUGGGCUGAAGUGGCUUAACAAGGAAAAGAAGAUUUUCCAGAUCCCUUGGAUGCAUGCAGCUAGACAUGGGUGGGAUGUCGAAAAAGAUGCGCCCCUCUUUAGAAACUGGGCAAUCCACACAGGAAAGCAUCAGCCUGGAGUAGAUAAACCUGAUCCCAAAACAUGGAAGGCGAAUUUUCGAUGUGCCAUGAACUCCUUGCCUGACAUUGAAGAAGUCAAGGAUAAAAGUAUAAAGAAGGGAAACAAUGCAUUCAGAGUAUACCGGAUGUUGCCCUUAUCUGAGCGACCUUCGAAGAAAGGAAAGAAACCAAAGACAGAAAAAGAAGACAGAGUUAAGCACAUCAAGCAAGAACCAGUUGAGUCAUCUUUGGGGCUUAGUAAUGGAGUAAGUGAUCUUUCUCCUGAGUAUGCCGUCCUGACUUCAGCUAUAAAAAAUGAAGUGGAUAGUACGGUGAACAUCAUAGUUGUAGGACAGUCACACCUGGACAGCAACAUCGAGGAUCAAGAGAUUGUCGCUAAUCCUCCAGACAUCUGCCAGGUUGUAGAGGUGACCACCGAGAGUGAUGAACAGCCGGUCAGCAUGAGUGAGCUCUACCCUCUGCAGAUUUCCCCCGUGUCUUCCUAUGCAGAAAGCGAAACUACCGAUAGUGUGCCCAGUGAUGAAGAGAGCGUCGAGGGACGACCACACUGGCGGAAGAGGAACAUUGAAGGCAAACAGUACCUCAGCAACAUGGGGACACGAAGCACCUACCUGCUGCCCAGCAUGGCGACUUUCGUGACUUCCAACAAACCUGACCUCCAGGUCACCAUCAAAGAGGAGAGCUGUCCGGUGCCUUACAACAGCUCGUGGCCCACUCUACCAGACCUCCCCCUCCCUCCCUCUGUGACCCCAGCACCCAGCAGCAGUCGGCCGGACCGGGAGACUCGGGCCAGUGUCAUCAAGAAGACAUCGGAUAUCACCCAGGCCCGUGUCAAGAGCUGUUAGGCCUUCGACUUCCCCCAGUGGUUGUUGGGAUUUCUUGGCUUUGUUUUGUUGUUUGUUUGUAUUUUAUUUUUUUCCUCUCUGACGCCUAUUUUAGACAAAUCGAAGGGAAAAAGCCUUGACAAUAGAACAUUGAUUGCUGUGUCCAACUCCAGUACUUGGGCUUCUCUUAACUCAGGACUCCAGCCCAUUGGUAGACGCGUAUCUCUAGAGCCUGCUGGAUCUCCCAGGGCUGCUCCCUCAAGUUCAAGGACGUCAUAGGACCAACACUCACACGGGCGGCGAGGUGCUGCAUUGCCUGCGGUCAAGGCCAGCAUGGUGGAGUGGAUGCCUCAGAACGGAUGAGAAAAUGUGAACUAGCUGGAAUUUUUUAUUCUUGUGAAUAUGUACAUAGGGCAGUACUAGCGACGCAGCCGUCUGCUUCUGCACCUUAUCUUAAAGCACUUACAGAUAGACCUUCUUCUUGUGACCUUGCUCUAUUUCUCAGCACAUUCAGCGCCCCCUCCCCCCCUCCCCACCAUGGCCCUUUGUCCUGCUUCCCGGCCCAUCCCAUCUAGUUCCUUUCCUCCUUUUCCUCCCCGCAAAGGCUGUGUUCCACAUCCCUGAGGAGGAGGAGAAGAAGAAAAGGAGUUUCUCCACGGAGAUCCCAUUUUUAAGACUGCUUUAAAAGAAAAAAAGAAAAAGAAAAAGAAAGAAAAAGAAAAUCUAAUCUGCUGUGCUUGAAUGCCACGCGGUACAAAGGAAAACUAUCAUGGAGAUAUUAUGCAAAUUCCCAGAUUUGAAGACAAAAAUAUUCUAAUUCUAACCAGAGCAAGCUUUUUUAUUUUUUAUACAGGGGAAUAUUUUAUUCAAGGUAAAAUUCUAAAGAAAAUAUAAUUGUUUUUUAUCUUUUCUACAGCAAAUUUAUAAUUUUAAGAUUUCCUUUUCUUGUUUAUCAGCAGUUGUUAUUACAUCCUUGUGGCACAUUUUUUUUUUAAUUUUGUAAAGGUGAAAAAGCUUUUAUGAGCUCAUGUAGCAAUCAAAUUAUCCUGUGGAUUGAUAAUAAAUGAAUAUGAUAUAUAGUUAAAUUUUUAA